GAUGUCUGCUCUGCCAGAGAAACCCCCGACCAUCGACUGGGCUCACUACAAGGCUGUUGUGGCUAAAGCUGGCUUGGUGGAUGAGUUUCAGAAGAAGUUCAGUGCACUAAAGGUUCCUGAGCCAGUGGAUACACAGUCUGCCAAAAUUGAUGCCCAAGAGCAGGAAGCUGCAAAGAGCACUGCUGAGUACGUGCAGGCUUCCAAGGCUCGCAUUGCCCAGUACGAGCAGCAGCUUCAGAAGCUGAAAAGCAUGAUUCCCUUUGAACAGAUGACCUUCGAAGACUUGCACGAAGCCUUCCCUGAAACCAAGCUGGACAAGGAGAAGUACCCGUUCUGGCCCCACAGACCCAUUGCUGAGCUGUGA